GUAUUAGUUAUUGGUCAAAUAUCAAAUUUUAUGGAAUUUAUUGCAAGCGUAGCGUAGCGGAGCGCAGCAAUAAGUUCUAUAAAAUUUGAUAUGACCAAUAACUGAUUUACAGUUUGCCUGUGCAAAAAGUCACGUACGCCAUGUCGGCGUACGCUUUGAAGUGAUAAACGUCCGCCCAUAAGAAUUUUGAUUGACAGGUCUAGAGAGGGAAAAGUUGUCUUGAAACGUCAAUCAAAUACCAAUAGCCAGGGUUCAUUUUUCACAGUGUUAAUUCGUGAAUGGUAUUACAUGUAUAUGCACAUGUCGAAAGUAACUAAAAUAUGGCAGAAAAGACAGUUUCAACAGAACACAAAACUGAGCUGGAUUAUCAAUUAGAUUUCCUGAACGAUGACUACUUUUAUAUUCCGUUUGGUCAAAAUGAUGUUACUGUUUCGCAGUUUCUUAUUGUCGACACGCAACAACUCUACGACGCCAAGAAUGAUACUAGAAAUCAAGCAGAAAACAAAGAGAACACCCCAGCAGAAGUGUGCAACAGUAUAUUUCAGAAGCCGCUGUCUACAGUAGAUAUCAAGAACAAGCAGAGGAACGCUGUUCCUGCCAACACGACUCGAAGUAAUAUAUGGGCGAUAAAUAUGUGGAAAGAAUGGGCCGAGAAUCGCAACCUGCAACCAGAAACUGCAUCGGAGGCGGGCUUUCCAAUUCCUCUGGAUAUCGGAAACUUUCAGUCUUACCAGGAAAUGGACUUUUGGCUUAAACGCUUUGUGAAAUUAAGCGGAAGAACGGUGAAUCCUACCCGCCAGCAACUUUGCAAAAUAUCGCAGCAGGAAUUCAACGUUAUUUACGUACAGAGAAAUCGAUACAUGUAAACUUGUUUAAAACGGACGAUCCCACACUCGCGGAAUUUCGAAAAACGUUAGAUUCUCAAGUGUGUUGAAACCGGAAAGCAGCAAAACAGAAUUACCAAAUGAAAGCGAAUCUGUAUUAACUGUGAACGUACCAGCUGGUGUUCAGAAAGUCAUGAUAGUUACACACAUCGGUAAAAAAAUUUUGAUGGAAAUUUAAGUAGAAAUUUCAUUUGUUUCGUGACUGUACUUAUAUUUUGUGAACUUUUGGUGGAACUGCUUAUGGUAGGUUGACAUUAGAUCGGGGCUACACACUUUUUCAGUCUAGUUGAUUAUUUCAAACGAAUUCGAUAGAGUGACAGACAUUUAUUCAAACUACAUUUGAUAUAUACUAGUUCAACCGUUCUUUUCAGUUUUCACUGGAUAUUUGGCCAUGCUGAAUAAAGUUCAUUUUUGUGUUUGUGUGUUUGCUUUGAACUAUUUGUACUUGAUCAACUAAUUUCCAUAACCUGCUUAUUUGCAUAAAUCCCGCCCCUGUGUUACGGCCGAUGACGUCACGUUCCUCACACUAUCGAGAGAAAAUACGUGACAUAUUUUAUGCCAUAAAAUAAGUAAAACGUAUUUUAUGUGAUAUAUUUUUCAAAUAUUUUUAAAAACUUUGCCCUCUGAUUGGAUAACAAAGUAGGGCAAA